AUACCCCCAAAGGACAACCCACCCGUUCCUACGAUUACCUCAGAUCCACCCCCGCUGAGAACCGAAUCCAAAGCGAUUCGAUUCCCCGCAUCGGCUGGUAAAAAUCCGCCGCUUCGCGCCCGCUGCUGCUGCUUCGAUUGCUUCGUGUGAUCAGUGACCUCGCGCUUCUCUCUCCCAGCCUGUACUCGCCAGCGCGUCGCGGUUGAAGGUCGGGGUGGUCGGGCGGGAGGGCGAUGGCCGCGCCGCCGGCGAGGGCUCGCGCCGACUACGACUACCUCAUCAAGCUGCUGCUCAUCGGCGACAGCGAAGAACAUUGUGUUUUGCUGAAGGAAUCGUGGACUUGUGGAAGGUCUGCCAUAUGCAAGUCGAAUUGCUUGAUUCUGUGUUUGAAUAAAUGUUUGUUUGUUUGGAAGAUCUACUAUGAUCUUUUUUCUUUUUGAGUGGAGAUUUACUAUGAUCUACAAGGCUAGCUUAUGUUGCAUUUCCCAAGCAUGUAGACAAGGACAAUAUCUCAUCCAGUCAGCUGCACUCCUGAAGUACAUGUGCACGUGUGGUGUUCGUGACCAUCCGGGUGUCGGCAAAAGUUGCCUCUUACUGCGGUUCUCCGAUGGAUCCUUCACUACUAGUUUUAUUACUACAAUUGGCAUUGACUUUAAGAUAAGAACGAUUGAACUGGAUGGCAAGCGUGUUAAAUUGCAAAUUUGGGAUACAGCUGGUCAAGAGCGAUUUAGGACUAUCACUACAGCAUACUACCGAGGAGCCAUGGGUAUCUUGCUUGUCUAUGAUGUCACUGAUGAGUCAUCUUUCAACAAUAUACGGAAUUGGAUUCGCAACAUCGAGCAGCAUGCCUCUGAUAAUGUGAAUAAAAUUUUGGUAGGCAACAAGGCUGACAUGGAUGAGAGUAAAAGGGCUGUUCCUACUGCAAAAGGGCAAGCACUAGCUGAUGAAUAUGGCAUCAAGUUUUUCGAGACUAGUGCCAAGACUAACCUCAAUGUGGAGCAAGUUUUCUUCUCUAUUGCCCGAGACAUUAAGCAGAGACUUUCUGAAACCGAUUCCAAGCCUGAGGAUAAGGUAGUCAAUAUUAGACAAGAUCAAGGUGCCGAGGCCUCGUCAUCUCAGAAAUCUGCUUGCUGUGGCUCAUGAGGAAUUUGGUCUUCAUUAUCCUAAACUAUGUUAGCUUUGUUUUCUUACUUUUUUCCUUGAUAUUGUAGGAAAAAUGUCAAGAAGAUAAUCAUGAUGUGCUUGUUCUUUACUUGUUUCCAUUCUGUGCAACAACCACUCUUGCCUUUUCAGUUUACUAUUGCAAUUUAUUUUUUUCUUCUUCUUUUCUUGUGGGGUGAUGGUGGUGCUGUGAUGGGGUGUUACUGCAUGUUUUGUUGCAAUCAAUCGAGACACCUACUUUUUGCA